AUGAGUGAUGAUGUUGAUGAUAUUCGGAAUGAUGCAUCGGCAGUGAAAACCGAAUGUUCUGCUGAUCAUCAGCCCAAACGUCCAUUGGGAAAAAGACUAUAUCUCAACUAUGAUUUCCAUGGAACAUCACAAAAUAUUGUGGAUGGUAUCUUUGUUAAAGCUCCCCCUAAACGCAUUUGCGUGCGACGUAGGCUCUUUACUUCAGAUUCUGAAAUUGAUAAUGGUGAUGAAUGUUCCAACGACUCCUCUUCAAAUACAGCUAUGGUGUCUCAAGAGAUUCAAGUGUUUCCAAUAAAAGUCAUACAUCUAACCGAUGGUCCCUGUGAGUUUGAGAUUAAUGUUAAAGUUUUGAGAGUUUGGACUCAUAGUUUACACCCAUCUGAAAAGCGUCUCGAGGCUGUGCUAUGUGAUGACCUGGGUGAUAAAAUACAUGCCACUGUACCAACCGCAUGCUAUGCUUUGUUUGAAGACCAGUUUCCUGUUGGAAAUUGGAUUAAGAUUCGCCGUUUCCAGGUUGCUCAUGUCUAUGAAAUAAUUGGCCGUGUUAUAAACGUUGGCAAUUUUCAUUUUUGGGAAGGUUAUACUUUGGACCAACUGGAGGAAAAGUGCAUUGAUAGCGAAUACCAGUUUAUCACUUUCUACUUGGAGGAUUUAAGACACGUUCGUCUCUUUUGCAAAUUGACUGGCAUAAGAGCUUUAAAGUUCUAUAAGGACUGGCGUAGUUGUGAUAGCCAAAAUGCUGUUUGUGUAAUCAGAUGGGGAAAUAUUGAUUAUCUUGGAGAUGUCAUAGGGCAGGUUGUUAGUCUAGAAACUUCUGACGUUAUCGCUCAAGGAAAGCCAAUAAAAAAGUUGGACGUUGUUCUACGUAAUGCCAGAACUUGCGAUAAAACAGUUCAUCCAAUAGAAUCUGAUUCUACCGAUGACGAUUCCUUGCUAUUUGAUUGUAGAGAAUGUGGCAAGGCUGUCUCAGAUGUUAUAGCCAGGUAUAAGUUAGUGUUGGUUGUUUCCGACGAGUCUGGCGAAGAGAUAAGAUUCUUACUGUUUGAUAAAAUCGCUAGCGCAUUUCUCCGUGUUCAAGCAGAUACUUUAGCUGAGGAGGUUGCUGAGGACGGAACUUUGGUGCUUCCACGAGCUCUUUCUGAUUUGGUUGGGAAGAAGCUCCUUUUCAAAAUCGGAAUAGGAACGGAGAAUCUGACUAACAGACGUCAAACUUAUAAAGUCGAGAUCGUUGUCGAUGAUGCAGAUAUGUUGAAUAAGUUUGAAAAUCAUGGAAUUCGAUCCCUCGAACAUGAUUUAGAACUUAGGGAUGUUGGUAAUUCGAGGAAGCUGAGACCAGAUAUCGUGGAGCUUCUGAAGAAGAUGUUAGAUGAUCAUAAUCCUCAUGUUAAAGCCUUAAGAACUGCACGCGAACAAUUUGUUGGAAAUCCAAAUUCUAAAGGUUUUAAGUUGGUUCUUGCAAGUGGCCGAACUAUUGAUGGUCGAACGCAUAACUUACCUACUGAGAACGAUGUGGCGGCUUUGAUACCUGCUGAUUUCAAUAUGUUAACAGAAAAAAGAGACAUCGUUAUUCAAAGCAAGUCUGGAGGUUUAUACCGUAUAAGUGAGUUGCAUCCGGCUUAUUUACCUUUGCAGUAUCCGUUAUUGUUUCCGUAUGGUGAAGAUGGUUUUAGAUUAGGUAUUGAUAUUGACUAUGUUGAUACAUCUGGAAGGAAACGCACAACCGUUACAAUGCGCGAGUUUUUCGCAUUUCGCAUUCAAGACAGGCAUGGAGAAUCCCCAAUCAUUAUGAUGUCUGGGAGAUUGUAUCAGCAGUUUCUGGUUGACGCAUAUACGAUGGUAGAAUCAAAUAGGCUUCGUUAUAUAUGGCAUAAUCAAAAGAAGCUACGGUGUGACAGCUUUGAUAAGAUUGAACAAUCUGGUGAACGUGGCAAUAAUGAUCUUUCUGAACAAGGAAAAAAGGUGCUUAUACCUGCUUCAUUCACGGGAAGUAAGAGAUUCAUGAGGAAACAUUAUCUAGACGUGAUGGCAACAUGCAAGUACUACGGAUACCCGGAUUUUUUCAUAACAAUUACUUGCAAUCCAAAAUGGCCUGAGAUAACGAGGUUUUUGGAAAAACAUGAUCUAAAGAUCGAGGAUCGACCAGAUAUUUGUUGUAGGAUUUUUAAAAUGAAGCUCGAUAAUUUAGUGAAUUAUCUAACGAAAGACCACGUUAUGGGCCAUGUUAACUCAGCGAUGUAUACCAUUGAAUUCCAAAAAAGAGGAUUGCCACAUGCCCACAUGGUUGUUUUCUUGGAACCCGAAUCCAAACUACCAACAGGCGAGGACAUAGAUAGAUUUAUAUCAGCAGAGAUACCGGACAAGGACUUGGAUCCAAUUUUGUACGAAAUUGUUGGAGACUUGAUGAUACAUGGACCAUGCGGCGAUGACAAUCCAAAAAAUGUUUGUAUGCAUGAGAAAAGGUGUACAAAAUUCUUUCCUAAGCCUACUGGAUCAGUUACUAAAAUCGAUGAUGCUGGCUUCCCCAUCUAUAGACGUCGUAUGGAUCAAAGAACCAUUCUGAAGAGAGGUGUUUUGUGUGAUAACCGAUAUGUUGUCCCAUAUAAUCCAGAUCUCUUAAAGCGUUUUCGGGCACAUGUUAACGUUGAAUGGUGCAACCAAACCAGGUCUAUAAAGUACCUAUUUAAAUAUAUAAACAAGGGUCCAGAUUACAUUAGAGCAGCAAUCGAGGAUGAAGACGGUAACCCCGUUAUAUCCCAAGAUGAGGUUGAGCAACAUUUCAAUUGCAGAUACAUUUCACCGUAUGAAUCUUCAUGGAGGCUUCUAAAGAUUCCUACACAGUACCGAACCACGGCAGUAAUGCAACUUUCGUUUCAUUUGCCUGGUAAACAAAUGUGUAUAUAUCACGAAGGAGAGAGCGUUGACCAAGUCUUAAACAAGGCAUCGGUAGGUCAGUCACAAUUUAUAGCGUGGAUGGAGGCAAACAAGGAACAUGCCUUGGCAAAGGAGCUAACAUAUGCUGAUUUUCUAACAAAAUUCGUCUGGAUCUCAAAGCAGCAGCAAUGGAGGAUACGAAAACAAGGUUUUGCCAUAGGCAGACUGGUGUAUGUCUCACCUUCCGCUGAGGACGCAUAUCAUUUGAGGAUUCUUCUCAAUAUAGUCAAGGGCCCUGAGAGUUUUGAUGACUUAAAAAAGGUUAAUGGUGUUAUAUACUCUUCCUUCCGAGAAGCAUGCUUUGCGCUUGGUUUGUUAGACGAUGAUAAAGAAUACAUCGAAGGAAUUAAAGAGGCCAGUUUUUGGGGAACUGGAAAGUUUCUACGUAAACUUUUUGCUAUAAUGCUUCUUUCGAGUAGUGUAGCAGUUCCGAUCAACGUCUGGAAUGCUACUUGGAAAAUAUUAACCGAGGAUUUCUUAUAUCAGAAAAGGUGUGAAGAGAAUGACCCAGGUUUGGUGUUGACUGAAGUCCAAUAUAAGAAUCUUGGUUUGUCAGAUAUAGAGAAGUAUAUGCGCAGAAACGGUCAUUCAUUAUCCGACUAUAAAGGAGAGAUGCCAGUCCCUGAUGAUAUUGGAAAGUAUAAGAAAUCAAAUCAUCUAAUUCGGGAUGAGAAAUCAUACGAUCGUGCAAAACUUGCAAACGAUCAUGUCAAGUUGUUUUCAACAAUAACCAAUGAACAGAAGGAUAUCUACAAUGAGAUAAUGGAUGCAGUUACAAGAGGUAUCGGUGGAAUGUUUUUUGUUUAUGGAUAUGGUGGGACAGGUAAAAUGUACCUAUGGAGGCUUUUAGGCGCUGCUCUUCAUUCUCAAGGAAAAAUAGUUCUCAAUGUUGCAUCAAGUGGCAUUGCAGCAUUGUUAUUAGAGGGAGGAAGAACAGGGCAUUCUCGGUUUGGAAUACCCAUAGUUGUGAACGAGUAUAUAUUCUGUAAUGUGAGUUCUGGAUCACACCAAGCAGAGCUGAUUGAAGUAGCCGAUCUUAUUAUAUGGGAUGAGGCUCCGAUGAUGAGCAAGCAUUGUUUUGAGACAUUGGAUCGGACUAUGCGUGAUAUACUAAAGUGUGAUAAGGUCUUUGGUGGAAAGGUCGUUGUCUUGGGUGGUGACUUUCGACAAAUACUCCCUGUUAUUGUCGGAGGCAAUAGCUUAGAGACUAUAUUGGCAACUGUGAAUUCUUCUCAUAUUUGGUCUGAUUGCAAAGUUCUGCAGCUAAAGACAAAUAUGAGACUGCUUCGUGGCGAUAAUGAUUUUAAUAAUCAAGAAAUUGAAGAAUUCGCCAAGUGGAUCUUGGAUAUUGGUGAUGGAAAACUAAAUAUUCAUGAUACCAUAGGAGAUGAAUUAGAAAUUCCAGCGGAUUUGCUGAUAAGCGGAGAAGGUGAUCCUGUUAAGAGAAUAGUCUCGGAGAUUUAUGGUCAAUCUUACACAACCACUCGUGAACCAGUUUUUUUUCAGGAAAGGGCAAUACUCAGUCCACGGAAUCAGGAUGUCGACGUUAUUAAUGAAUUCAUGCUAUCAGAACUCAAAGGUGAGGAACAUGAAUACCUUAGUGCCGAUAGCAUUGAUACUUCAGACACAAGCACAAUAGACGAAGUCGUCUAUACACAGGAGUAUCUUAAUAGUAUAAAGGUAUCAGGGCUGCCAAAUCAUUCUCUCAAGUUAAAGAUAGGAGCUCCAAUAAUGUUGCUUAGAAAUAUUGAUCCUAAGGGUGGUUUGUGUAAUGGUACAAGGUUGCUUAUUACUCGGUUAGCUAGGCAUGUAAUCGAGGCAAGCCAUAUAACCGGGAAGAAAAUAGGAAAAAAGGUUAUCAUACCUAGAAUGUUUGUGUCACCACCAGAAGCAAGGUUUCCUUUUAGAAUUCGCUGGAGGCAGUUUCCUAUUACCAUAGCUUUUGCUAUGACUAUAAACAAAAGUCAGGGUCAGACUCUACAAAAGGUGGGAUUAUAUUUGCCAAAGCCAGUGUUCUCGCAUGGUCAACUUUAUGUCGCCGUGUCUAGAGUUACAUCACGCCAAGGAUUGAAGAUUCUUAUUACAGAUAUGAAUGGCAAAGCACAAAUGAAGACAAUGAAUGUUGUUUACAAAGACGUGUUUGAAAACAUUUAUAGAAAUUCGCGGUUAGUUUGA